GCCCCGGUAGCAGCGGCAGCCCCGGCGGACCCCGCAGGCGGAUCGGCCGGCCCGGAGCCCGCACAGCCGCACCCAGGGGCUCAGCCACCCGGUGGGGGCUCCCCCAGGAGCGCUGCCAGAAACGAGCGGCUUCCCGCCCAGGGCUCGCUCCGCCGCGGCAGGGGAAUACCCCCCGUUUGCCAGCAUGAUCAAGGGCUGUCAGAAUGAAUGCACAGGUGGAGGAUGUUCAGGAGAAACAGCAAAGCAUGUGACAGAAUCUUUCAAGGCUUCAGACUUGGUUAUCACCCCAGCUACAACUUUCAAGGAAAAGCCAGACCCCAGUGGUUUGGUAUUUGGAACUGUGUUCACUGAUAAUAUGCUGACAAUUGAAUGGUCCUUGGCUUCAGGAUGGGAGAAACCUUAUAUUAAGCCGCUUGAGAACCUUUCGUUGCAUCCAGCCUCCUCAUCUCUGCAUUAUGCUGUAGAACCAAGAGGACAGACAGACGAGAAUCUGGUGCCAAUGCUGUGGCUCAAUGAAUACACAUUGUUUGAAGGAAUGAAGGCUUACCGAGGAGUGGAUGGCAAAAUCCGCCUGUUCCGGCCAACCCUCAACAUGGACAGGAUGGCACGAUCAGCAAGACGAGCAACUCUGCCAUGUUUUGACCAGAAUGAGCUGUUAGAGUGCAUCCGGAAGCUUGUGGAAGUGGAAAAGGAGUGGGUCCCAUACUCAACUACUGCCAGCCUGUAUAUCCGUCCUACCUUAAUUGGAACUGAGCCUUCUCUUGGAGUGAAGAAGCCGACUAAAGCCCUACUGUACGUCAUACUGAGCCCUGUGGGCCCUUACUUUGCAAGUGGAAGCUUUAGUCCAAUAUCCUUAUGGGCAGAUCCAAAAUAUGUAAGAGCCUGGAAAGGAGGAACGGGGGACUGCAAACUUGGAGGGAAUUAUGGUUCUUCUAUUUAUGCCCAACAAGAAGCCCAGGAGUUUGGCUGCCAGCAGGUUUUGUGGCUCUAUGGAGAAGAUCACCAAAUAACUGAAGUUGGAACAAUGAAUCUGUUUCUCUACUGGAUAAACGAAGAUGGAGAAGAUGAACUGGCGACACCACCUUUAGAUGGCAUCAUCCUUCCAGGAGUGACAAGACAAAGCAUUUUGGACCUGGCACACAACUGGGGAGAAUUUAAAGUGUCUGAGCGAUACAUCACCAUGAGUGACCUGACAGCUGCCUUGGAAGAGAACAGAGUAAAGGAGAUGUUUGGUGCUGGAACAGCUUGUAUUGUAUGUCCUAUCUCUAAAAUUUUAUAUAAGGGCAAGCAUUUGCACAUUCCAACUAUGGAGAAUGGACCUCAGUUAACAACCCGUUUCCUGAAUAAGCUGAGUGAUAUCCAGUAUGGAAGAGAAGACAGCGAUUGGGCAGUGCUGGUGUCAUGAAAGUAGAAGAGUUGAGUCAGAUUCUCCAGACAGAAAAGCCACGAAUAAUGACAACUUCUGUAGCUGCCUGUGCGUAGCGUAGUUUCUGUAUCAAUUUUGCUCUCCAGGAUGAUUAUUUCCACAAUCUGGCAAAUGUGAACACAAUCAUUUUGAUUUCUACUGUAAUCCUGUUAGUAGAAGCCCAUUUCCUUGGUAGAGGUGCUAAAUGUUAGCAAUAGAACUUUCCUAAUGGGUUUCUUAGUGCCUCCUUGUGUCUUAUGUACAGUCUGAAAACUUGUAAAAUGCUCUUCAACUGCUCUUCAGUUUGUUCGGUUUGUUUUAACUGCCAUCACCAGCAGAGCAUGUGUCAAAUAACACAAAGACGGUGCCUGUUAGUUUGCCACAGGGUUCUGUUGACAUUAUUCUGCCUUUUGCUCUGUGUUUGGGAAACAAGUUUAGCCAUAUGUUCUUUCCUUUCAUACUUUGUUUGUAUGGGAGAUUCCCACGUUUGCAUAGUCUGUUAGAUCUCCUCAUGCUUACUCUGUCAAAUAACAGCUCUGUCCUUUAGGCCAAAAUUCUUUUUGAGUAGAUCUAGCCUGCAAUAUGCUUUCUGUUUGCCUAUUGCCUUUCCCUCCAUGGGGGAUAUGCAGUGGCUGCUUGGGCAAUACAUACCUCUCUAAUAAUUAAAUCAUCCUUCCACACAUGAUAUACAGGGCUGGGCCAGGCCCUGCUGCGACAAAAAACACCCUUUGUCUGGCCUAGCUCAGAGCUGGGCAUUGCAGACACAGUGUAGCCUUCUGAGUCAUUGUCUGGAAAAUAAGAUUAGACAACUAUGGUGGUGAAAAUUGAACCACUCUUCAAAGAAACCCAACCUUUGUUUUGAGGAAUUUCUUUCAACAUCAAGUCACUUAAUUUAGAUCAGCAAAACAUUUUUCUUGUUCCCUUCACCACUCGCCGUGAAAUGUAUCCAGCCUCCAUUGACACCUGCCUUAAUAGGGCCUUCCUAUUAAGGAACAACUGAUGUUGUCAACAGAAAAUACCUAACACAAGAAGGAAAAAUGUUUAAUUCAAACUCUGGUUUUGUUCUGAUACUUCAUGUAAUGCUACUCUCUCACAUGCAGUCUUGGUACUAUUGAGAAGCAAUAUAGAGCAUGUAGCCUGCAGUUAGGGAAAUAACUUGUGCAAAUGUUCACUAACAAUUAUACUGUAAUGUUUAUUAUCUUUCUCUUUUUGCACACAGCUUUGUCGAACAGCUUUAAGAUACCUCUUGCCAAAAAUAAUCACCAUAUUCUAUAUCAAUGUUCCAAAGUGCUACUUCAGUGUAAAACUGGUGGAACUUAACUAACACUGAUGGAGUCCUAUAAGAAGUAAAAGUGAAACAUUUAUUGCCAUAGCUGCACCAGUAUUAAGGGAAAUAUUUAGCACUUUAUUUUUUUUUUUUUAAGACUCAGAAGUAUCUCUGCCAUGCUUUAUAGGCCCAUUGCAAUUACUGGCAUUCAUUAACGUAUUUUAAAAAGGCAAACUAUAAUUUCUGUUAGACUGUGCAUGCCUUAUGCAACUGCUAAGAAGUAGCCUUAUGGCUUUCCCUGAUCGUUUUUGGUCAGAUUUUAAAGACAACCAUCACUUUCCUUUGCUCCCUCAAAUCCUGUCUUUUACUGUCUUUCACUGUAGUCCAAUCUGAUCUUUUAACGAAGAACAGUUGAAGGUUCUCUCUAACAAUGUAACCAUUGUUAAAAUUUGUUGGAUAGUUUUCUCUUUAGAGUACUACUGUGCAAGCACAAAAUGUUGUUUCACUUACAGUAGCAAUAGUAUUAUGUGUCUCCUUUCCUGAUUAUUUGAAUCUGUAUGUAUUGUGUGCUGGUCUUCAUUUAGUAUCUUGCUAUGUAUUAUAAGCUGCUGGUAGUCUUUCUUUUUUAUUUAAUUAGGUGGGUGGAAAAAUGAACAUGGGCAAUAUUUCAAGAUGCAACAUGGGGUAGAGCGUUUUAUCCAAUAAGAUAAGUAUCAUAAAUGAAGAGUGCCUUUAACUAGAGUAUGGCAUGGAGCUCUCUGAAGAUUUUGUAACAAGCAACCACAUGCAUUUUCCUGUUACUGAACCAUCUAUCCUGUCUCCUUAUGUUGAUCUUGGAUUUAGCAGCAGAAGGAAAAAUGGAAAUAUCAAAUUUCAGAUGCAUGGCAAAGUGGUUGUAUUAUACUUUAACAUCUCAGGAUGUUGACAGAGUUGACAGGUGUCAUAUAUCAAAAAUCCCCAUGAAGGCCUCAGUAUACCAGCAGUAAUCUAUUCACUAGUCAGAACAAAUAAGCACUAGCUAAAAAAAUUGUUUUACAGCAGUGUCAACAUUAAAGCUGUGUAAAACUGUUCUUAAAUUGGAUGCAAGUAAUUUAAUGAGAGGAAACAAGGUGUUUUCAUUUAUUGGGGUUUGCACUACACUGACCAGAAAGACACCUUUCUUUUUACUGCACGUUUUGAACUCAUGGAGAGUUCAUUGUGAGAGUUGAAACUGGAAUCGCUCACAGGAAUGCUUAGACUUUUCUAGCAGAGAAGAAUGAAAAUGUAGUGUGCAUAUGUUAACUGUUGUCUUUAAUAUCUUGGUUAAUUACUUUAGUCUGGCUACGUCAACUCGAAGUUGUGCUUGUUUCCAAAUUGUAUCCAGGUGAAUAAGUUCUAGAUUUUACACUUUAAAAUCUCUAAUAAGGGAGCUGAUGGGUCAAUAUAAUACAGAAAAUUCUUCUGAUGAUGCAUGUUGUCCUACCCUGUGUUCUGCUACUGUUUUUUUAUCCUGUUAACCAAAGCAAAGAAAUAAUACAUGUAAAUAAUAGUAUUUGGUAUUACAUUCUUCCUAUUUUUUCCUGUAAAAUUUAGGAAGGAACUGUGGUAUUCCCUGAGCUAAUAAUGGAUUGUAAAAGAACAUCUGCAGAUCUUUUCUCCAUGUGCCCUAUUUGUUUAAUUGCAACAGAUUUACAUAUAAAGAGUUUGGUACAUCAUAACUAGGCAAUUAUCUAUUCUUCAUCACUUAGUUAUAGUUCUGCUAAUUGAUCAUUGAAGACAUAAGAUAGUCUAGCAUUAGGAGAAUUUGAGACUGUUCAAAAAAGAUAAACAAUUUAAUAUUGUUGUGUGAUACUUGCAUAAUUGGCUGCAAUUAUUUAAUGUUUAAUUGGGUUGAUCAAAUGAGACUCAGCCUUUCACAUGCUUAUGUUUUACAAAUAAUGGUACUUUAAAAUUAUAAUAAUGAAAUCUAAUUUCUGUAUGUUCUUUCUUCUCCCCUUCAUUCUUUUGAUUAUUAUUUUCAGUAUUGAGCAUGUCCUGAAUUUUCAGUUUGGUGAGCAUUAUUCAUGCAUAGGAAAGAAGUCUUUCAAAUGAGAGAAAUUUCAUCAAUCUGGCAUUUCAUAUAAAGCUGUUCUGAUGCCAAGAUUUAUGGCAUUACUCAACUAGAUUCUUACCUGUGCUGAGGGCAACUUUGCUGUGAAUUUACAGGGACAUAUUCUGGUGCCUGCUUAAGUUAGAUAAUCUGCUCAGUUUGUAGCAGUCCAAAGCAAGCAUGAGUUUUCUGGGAUAUAGAAGGGAAGCCAGGUAAGAUAGUGAGAGUUUUCUCUGCCCAGCCAUUGUUUACACCUUAUCAACUAUCUCAAGCCAAAAAAACCCCACUUGUCCUCCACUCCUCUUUCUAGAUAAAUUAUUUGUUAGGGUUUAACUAAUUCAACAGAGAUAUCAUUGAUCCUCUCCUGUACACUUAUUUUAUACUUAUUUUUCCUCAGGUGUGAAGAAUGGUAAUUUGGAAAAAUGUGGUAUUUGAAAGAGUCACACUUGGUCUUCCAAGGAGGCAGACAGAAAAACAUCUGGGACUGAUAUCAUAGCCACCUAAGGAGAGGAGGAACCCUCUCAAAUACAAUAGCCUCUCCAAAACAAUCUGCGUAGUCUCAACAGAUUUCUUAGUGUGAACUGUCUGUUGAUAGUGCCUUGCUAUGAAAUAGAAUACAGAGAUGAUAGCACAGCCUGCCAGACUAUGGCACAUUGUCUCUCUCUGCUUGGGAUUCACCCUACUGAUGGUAGGUUUUAAUGUUCUAGUGGCAGGCUUGGACACUGAGAUGUGGGCAGGUGUAAAUGAUGGCUGAGUGUGCCCUGAGGUGGACUAUUCCUUCCUGUCCUCUCCGCACAGACUCGCAGCCCCUUUUCCUCAACCUCCUAUCAUGAUGCCCCUUAGUCUCAUAUCUAAAAGUGACCAUUUAAUCAAAUUUUCAUUAUUUUUGUUUUUAGCAGUAGUGACUGUUUAGGGGGAGAAGUGUUUAAUCUUAUCUUGCAGGUUUUCAGGACUCAGAAUUGCUCUUUACCACCUGCAUAUGCAAUGCCUGAACAGACUACCACAUUGUGACCCUGGACAAGUUAUCUAACCUCUGUGUAAGUGUAGAGUAGUAGUAUUUAUACCACUUUUAACUCUAAGCCAAAUUUUGCAUAAAAAAGUUAUUUUACUACAGAUCAAAUAAGCUUUCUAGAAAGCUUUUUAAGGGGCAGAGAAAUAUGUCAUAUAAAGGUUAGUGUAUCAAGGAUUGCUUUAGAGUGGGAGUAUUUUGAUUAUUCAGGAGAAAAAUGUUACAUGAAUGAGAAAUAUAUUUAAGGUUUGCUCUAUGAACCCAUAAACAAGUAAAAUAUGUAGUUCAGAAUAUAAAGGAACAUACAGAAAAAUCUUGACAAGACAAUUCACCUCCACCUCUCAAACAGUGCUAUGUUAUUUAAAAGUGAUGUUGCAAGACAGCAUUGUACCUCUCAAUGUAGAGUCAUUAGAUGAAAACUGUUCUACAGGUACACUUUUUCACAUACCAGGGGAAAGACCUCUUUAUUGAUUAUGACUACAAAUUUUCUGAGCUGUAGUCUUUGCUGCAUUUUGCUGUAUUUUGUCACUAUCCUCAAGUUUGGGAAAAAAUAAUUCAUAGGGUGUAAAUCACUUAAGUCAUAACAGCACAAGUCAGUACUGGUAUUGAAUUGGUGAAAAAAAGCUAUCGUAGCAAUCCAUCUAUCCAAGGCUUGCUUUAAGCAUGACAGUUAUUAGUGGAAAUUCCAGGAUAUUUUCCCUGACUGCAAAAUCUGAGUGCCAUCUAUAGCACAGUUAGCAAAUAUGUCCCCAACUCCAUAAACAAAACUAACUUACCUGUUAUCUUGAGCUAGAUCAGUCAAGUACAUUAGGGCUUAGCAGUUGUGGAGCAAUACUAAGUUAGAAUAGUCAAGCCUCAGAUUUGGAAUUAGUAGCUCAGAUAGAAAUAAAUCUCAUUGACCACAGUAGCGAGGUUAACCACACCCAAAUUUACUAAUAGUGGUGUUUAACUUGGAAUAACAGCACAGCUAGAUCUUUGUCCCUUUCUCUGAACAUGGAUUUAUGCUGUUUGCUUAUAUUAAAACUUAGCUUAUUGUGUCUGAUUUUUACUACAAUCCUGAAUAAUCAUGCUAUGCUUUUAAAAAAAGCAUCUUAAAUUUUGUGUUCAUAGAAGAUCUUAAGAAUGAUGCAAGACCUUGAUAUAGAAUUUUAAAGUCUUUUGAAUAUCUUCUGGGUAAAGUUAAGGUAGAAAAAGACAGCUUUGUGGAAAUAACUACAGUGUUCCAAAUGGCUUUUCAACACUGAUCAUUUUUGUUUUUUACCAAAGAAGCAUGCAGGGAAUAGUAGAUAAGUGUACUUUUUUUUUCUAAGCAAGAGUUGGGAGAGUUUUUAAGAGCUGGUUCUCUUAAUAAUGUUAACUCUUCAUAGGACUUGAUUCUGUCAAGCUUAUAGCAGUCAUUUAUGUGUGAGAUGGAGGAGCUCAGAAGCUAUCUCAGGUGGUACUGUCUUGCAGGAACAGAUGUUUUUUCAUUUUAUGAUCAAAGUGGUCAAGAUACAAAAAUGGAAGCUUUUAAAUUUUGCAGAUUUGUAUUUAAAAAAUUGCUUUUCAUUUGAAAAUUCUGAUAUAGUAUCACUGAACUGUUAUCUUAAACUAUCGUGUCUCAGUAAGUUAGAAGAAGAAAGCAAACGUUCUUAUUCUUUAUAUUAUCACCUUCUUCCUGUAUCCUAAAUCUCCUCUUCAUUAUGAUUUGGUCACCACUUGAACUGUGACCUCUUUGGGUGAAAUAACAGGUUGUCUUUACUGCACCUACUAGCAUGCUCUCAGAUUUUAAGUAAGUACUAAGUGCUUGCAGCAAAUGCCAGAGCAAAAAGUAAAAUGAAAAGUCUUCUGUCUCCAGAACAGGCAUACUAAGGAAUUCAAGUAAAUUUACCCAGCAAGUCAGUCAAGGCAGGAGGUCAGAAGAUCAUUACCAGUCUCAAACAGAGACUACCUAGACAUAGCAAAUAUGUCUAGCAGGAUGGUAGAUUGCUACUGCUAUUUAAGAACACUCUUAAUCAGUUGCUUAAAUACUUACAUCUGUGCCUACGUUUUCAUAACUUGGCCCCAGUAUCUUAACUGAAACAGUAAAAUAUUAGAUCAAAACAAACAGGUAAAGCUCCAGAUCAUCUAACAGUGAGAAACUGCUGUCUACAGGGCAGUGGUCUGUUCUGUUCCUAUAAUGUAUGUUCAUUUUCUAAUGGCCUCAUAGUUGACUAGAACUGCAAGAUGGAGACAAAUGUAUCUUUAACUCUAUCCCAUAGUUGAUGAUGUCGACAAAGAGUUAAUCUAUUCCUUCCAUCUCUUGGGGACAUGCUUUGGACUCUAGCUUGGCCACUAUAGUAUAGAGUGGCAGAAUGGGAAAGGUUCUUUGCCAUGAUGGAGACAAGAGUUUUAUCAGAAGCUGUUUGCAAACAAUUUCUGUCAAAGCAGUAAAUUAGGAAAGACGGAUACCCCAAUCUACCUGACCUUCGAGGCAUUUGGAAGGGUGCAGUACUAGUUACUGGAAUUGUUGCAUAUAAACAGUGGGAAAUUAGCAACUUACAUAGGGAGAAGUAAACGCCUCUGAAGGGUCUCUGUUUUCUCCAGUAUUAAAGUUAACAAUGUAUUUUACAAGGAUCUGAACAGUAAAGGAUAGAUGUGUGAAAAAGUGCUGGAUAAACUAAAGGAAACUCUACCUCAUUCUUCUCUAAAGGUUUUGUAGAAGCACAAUUAAGCACUCCUAAUGGCAUUGUUAUGUGCAGACCAUCUGGUAUGAAAGGAACACUUUAUAUUUGUAUGUCUAUAAAUCCUGUAAUAACUGUUAUUUUGCUGGCAGUAGAAACAGUCUAUACUAUUUGCAGUUUUCCUCAUCAAAUCUGUAAUUCUGCAAUGUUUCUGUCUCCAAUAAAGGAAUUUAAUGGGCA